AUGGAGCGCUCUCGGAAUGGCUCGUUUGAGCGACGCAGCUCAGUCAAUUCUGUUCCUCGCAGACAAAGAACGAGUGCGUCUUCGUCUUCGUCACCUUCGCCCAGAGGCAGGACACCUUCACCAUCUCGUGGUCGAGUCCAAUCUUCUCGUGGUAGACCUUCAUCCUCUCGCCAGACCUCACCAUCACGCUCCAGAUCUCGAGGUAGAACCUCCUCACGCUCCAUCUCGCGCUCGCCCUCUCGUCGCAAGAAGCACAGCGGCGACCACCACCAUCACCAUGGUCUCUUCAAGACAACCGCCGGCCUUCUAGCAGGAAUUGGCGUUGCUACUGUUAUAGCGCACAAGGUCUGGCCCAAGGGGAUCCUGUACGGCGACCACGAAGACUGGGAGCACCCUCACCCCAAGCACCGUCACCCAGACCGCCCGCAACACCGGCGUCGCCGUUCACUGGAGGGUGGUGAGCGUAUUGUUGAGCGCACAGCCAGACGCCACGGCGACGCUGUCUACUACGAAGAGGUCAGUCACAGACGUCCUCAGAACCACGAGAGGAUGCCGCGGCUUGAGCACGAUAGGACAUGGCAGUCUUCUGAGCGCCUGCCAUAUCCUCCUGAUGAUCCUUAUGCUCAUGGCCCGCCUGUGUACAGGGCUGAGCGGAGAACUGUCGUUCAACCUGUGCAUAUGCCCUACUGA